UCUACUUCCGUUCAAAGUGAAAUAGUCUCGCUCAUAAAGAUAAUUCAUUCGCGGAUCAAUCAAAAUCCAGACCCUAAUUUAUUUGGGUUUUUUGUUUUAAUUUUAUGAUCCCAAAAUCUUAUUUUAUCUUCUCGUCCUGAAAUCGAAUCAUUUUUACUAGAAUUAUACGUUACGAUUUUUUCAAUCGAUCUGUAUAUGCAAAUAAGGAAAACCCUAUUUUGAUAAAUUCUAGUUGCCUUUUCGAUCUGCUGUUGUCAUUUCUUCUUCAAUGGCGGAUCAAGAGGAAGAGGACCUGAGAAUGGCUCUAAGAAUGAGUAUGCAAAACUCACCUCCAGAACCUAAGCGUAGCAAGCCAAGGGACGCUGCCAGUGCUCCUGUGGUUUCGCCGGAAGAGUCCCGGCGGCUCCAGCGAGAGCUCAUGGCCGCGGCAGCUGAGAAGCGGAUGCGCGCAGCAAAAAUCGCCUCGCCAUCGAAAGCCAUAGAUAGAAGCCCCUGUAAAAGCACAGAUGUUGCUAAAAAAGAUAAGGAUUUAGGCCCCAAGGGGGGCAACAUGGGAAAAGAAUUAUCCAGCGAUGAGGCAAAUCAGUUGUUCUCAAUGGUGUUUGGGAGUGUCGUUUCGAAAGACAUUCUAGCACAAUGGAGUAAUCAGGGCAUAAGGUUUAGCCUUGAUCCAGAAACAUCUAUGGGCCUAGUGCAGCAUGAAGGUGGGCCCUGUGGCGUCUUAGCAACCAUACAAGCAUUUGUUCUCAAGUAUUUUCUUUUCUUUCCUGAUGAAUUGGGCAAAGUUGUACCAAACAUACCUCAGAAUUUGGAUUCAGGAAGACUUACUAAAGGUCGAUAUGUUGCAUCAAAUAAUUUUAGUUCUCUAAGUGAAGAUGCAAAAGCAAGAGCCCUGGUCAGAAGUAUGGGUGAAAUAUUGUUUCUAUGUGGAAGUGAUAAGAGGCUUGUGAUUGCUAAUUUGAAUGGUAUUUGCUGUGAUAUUGAGGGCUUGGCUAAGGAUGAGACCAUUGCAAAAGCGCUUGAGAAUCUUUCGAUUGAGUCAGCAUCUGAUUUGCAUAAAAUUCUAAGAAUUGAAACAUACACAUCACAAGCAAGUGCGAUGCAGAGGCUGCAAGUGAUGAUUCCCGUCUUCCAAUCUCGUAUGGGGGCACUGCUAUUCCUUAUAUCUGCAUUGCUAUCUAGAGGAUUGGAUUGUGUUCAAGCUGACAGGGAUGAUCCAAGCCUUCCUCUGGUCACUGCACCUUUUGGGCAUGCCUCUCAGGAAAUAGUGAAUCUACUGCUCUGUGGGCAGGCUGUCCCUAAUGUGUUUGAUGGUAGAAUGGAUUUAGGUGGUGGCAUGUGUCUAAAGGGCAUAUCCACAAGUGUGGAAGUUGGAUUUCUUACUCUAUUGGAAUCCCUCAAUUUCUGCAAGGUUGGUCAACAUCUAAAAUGCCCUAAAUGGCCAAUAUGGGUUGUUGGAAGCGAGUCCCACUAUACAGUUCUAUUUGCUCUUGAUACUACUGUUCAAGAUGAGAAUGAGCUGGAAGAAAGGGAGUCUCAGAUUCGGAAAGCUUUUGAUGCACAAGACCAGAGUGGUGGGGGUGGCUUUAUUAGUGUGGAAGGCUUCCAGCAAGUCCUUAGGGAAACCAGCAUCAGACUUCCUCCUGAGAAACUUGAUCACCUUUGUGGUACAGGCUUUAUUGUAUGGAGUGAGUUCUGGCAGGUCAUUUUGGAUUUGGAUAAGAGUUUGGGAGGCCUAAAGGAUUCAAGUGGAUUGAUGGGUAAAAAGGUGUUUGAUCUUUACCAUUUUAAUGGUAUUGCAAAAUCUGAUUUAAACGGCAGCCAUAUGGCCUUAGGAGGUGAGACGCCAGUCCAAAGACCUAGGCUUACAAAGCUCAGGGUUUCAGUUCCACCUAGGUGGACUCCUGAGGAAUUCAUGGCAGAUGUGGUAGUGUCCUCUGGUUCUGGGGGAAAUGAAUCAAGUGGCAAAGAUACUGAAGUGACAAAACCUGAGCCUGCUCAACAUGCACCUUUGGUAGACUGCAUAAGAACACGUUGGGCACGUGCUGUUUGCAAUUGGGUGGGGGAUCCUCCCAGCAUAGUCUGAAUGGUUAUUUAUCCUAUUUGAGAUUCCUUUGUGUCCUAUUGGUUUUGGCAAGAGGGCAUAAACUGAGAAAGUGAAUCACAAUCAAAGCGGCAGAAGUGCAGUCUUUGUCACUUGAGGCAUGAGAGUUAGUUUUCGUGGUUCAUAUGUCUGGAGUAUAUGCAGCACCUUUUUCUACUAUGUAUUGUUGUAGCUUUCUUAUUGUAGUUUGAUUUUGAUGUCGGAUACUGGAGAGAGGGAUUUUUCCAUAUUUAUUGAUAAUCCAACGUGUAAAAUCCAUUCAUAUUUA